AUGAUUUUAAUGUUUAUAUUCCGAGUACAGACUCGUGAAGGAGCGAAGAAAUGCAUGUUUUGGAGUGGCUCAAGUGAAAGCUCAGGCGGAUUUUCAGAGACUGGAUGUUACUUAGUUACUUCGAAAAGCAACUCAGAAGAAACAGUUUGCAGCUGCAAUCAUUUGACUCAUUUUGCUGUCUUACUUGACUACAACGGUAGCCCAGGGCUCACAGAGGAAGACGAAACUAUUUUGGAAAUUAUCACCUACGUGGGACUGAGUCUUUCCAUCUUCGCGAUUCUUUUGACAAUUAUUCUAUAUUCCUACCUCACAGACGUAUGGCAACCUUUGACUCAAAUACGACUGAGUCUUUCUGUGUCCCUUGGAGCUGGACAAAUAAUCUUUCUCACCGGCAUAAACGCUACAGAAAAUACGGCUCUCUGCGUCCUAGCAGCAGCUUUCUUGCAGUAUUUCCUGAUGGCAGCUUUCUGUUGGAUGCUGGUGGAAGGAAUUUAUUUCUUCCUGUUUGUCGUGAAAGUUUAUAACAUCAACACCAAGAUGCAUAUGUAUCACUUCAUAUCAUGGGGUUUACCCAUCAUCAUUGUUAGCAUUUCAAUAGGCAUCGCCGCUGGAAAAGAUGGAAUUAAAAGCUAUACCAGUGAAAAAUAUUGCUGGCUUUCCUCAACAAAUAACCUGAUCUGGAUCUUCGUCACAUUUGUAGCUUUCAUUGAAGUUCUCAACAUUUUGAUACUUGUCCGAGUAAUAAAGGAGAUGAGCAAAUUAAUGCAACCCACGGGGGAAAACAACAAUACACAGCAAAUACGACUUGGCAUUAAAACAUGCGCGGUGAUGAUCCCACUGCUUGGUGUUACCUGGCUUUUUGGACUUUUGUUAUCAUUACACAAAGCUUUCGCCUACAUUUUCACCAUUUUCAACUCUAUUCAGGGAAUCCUGAUUUUCCUUCUUCAUUGUGUGCGGAACAGCCAGAUUAGAGAGCGAUUGAAAAGGAAGAUGAACAUCAUUUUCCCAUCUGCUGCAGAUCAUGGAAACUCUGCGAAGAAGAACUCACAAGUUAAUCCAAUUGAUGCCGGCGAAGUGUGUGCAGUAAAAUUGCAGUCCUUCAAAGAAUAGCACAAUACAAUAUUCAGUGAUCCAAUUUAAACGACUUUUGGUGAUAACGUUCUCCCAUCUUUAAAAAACGAAAACUCCAAAAGGAAAAGCUCACGGGUUAAUCUCAGUGAUGUCGGUGAUGUGUGGGCAGAUAAAUAGUAGUCUUAAUAUGAGUUGGAAUAAUAAUCAGCGUAAAUAACUGGAUUCAAAAGAACGAAAAUGAGAGUCGAUUGUCUAAAAUCGUAUCGUACAUUCAAGUCUCACUUGUUUAACACUAAUACACAUUUUACUGUAUUCCCUUUAAACCACUGUUGACUAAUAUUUAAUAACGACCCACAUUUUGAGUACACAAGGUAAUACUAAGCUGCUUGUGAAAAUACCAAAUACGAUCGUUCUUUUGUGAUAGCAGAAGUAAAAGUCGAGUUUUAAGAUUUAUAAUUAAUAAAUGAAUUAA